GUGUGUGUGCGCGCGCGCGCGCUCACCUUACCAUACGCACCUCAUCCAGCGCUCCUUCACCUGAUUCCUCUCCUCUCUCUGUAUGUGGACUAGAGGCUUUUAAUGAAGUGAAUGGCAGGAGAUGAUCAUGGCGCGGUUAUGGAGUUGCAGUGGUGAGAGACCCAGCGCCGGGAGGCGCUGCAGUGUUUAGUGUGGAGGAAUCCCGUCGGACUGUCUCCAUGCAGAUGACCAGUGAUGGCCACGACGGCCGACCCCACAGAAGAAUCAGUUGAUGAAGUGGUGAGUGAGCACAUUUUUAACCCUCUGGAGAGGAUCAUUCUGACCUUCUUCCUGGCAUCUAUUAUCAUUAUGACUGUCCUUGGUAACCUGCUGGUGAUGGUGGCUCUGUCAAGGGACAGACAGCUGAGGAAGAAGAAGACCAACUACUUCAUUGUCUCCCUGGCGUUCGCAGACCUCCUGGUGGCUCUUUUAGUGAUGCCGUUCGCGGCGAUAGAGCUCACCACAGGCCACUGGAGUUACGGAGAGACGUUUUGCCUGGUGCGCACCUCGCUGGAUGUGCUGCUCACCACAGCGUCCAUACUGCACCUGUGCUGCAUUGCCCUGGACAGGUACUAUGCAAUCUGCUGCCAGCCCCUGGUCUACAGGAACAAGAUGACGCCUGUUAGAGUGUCUCUGAUGCUGGGGGGAUGUUGGGUUAUCCCCUUGUUCAUCUCCUUCCUCCCCAUCAUGCAGAACUGGAAUGCCAUUGGCAUCGAGGACAUUAUUGAGGAGAGGAAGCUCAGCCACGGCUCAAACAGGACAUCCUGCAUAUUCAUGGUGAACCGACCAUACGCCCUUGUCUGCUCAGCUGUGGCCUUCUAUGUGCCUCUGGGCCUGAUGAUCCUCGCCUAUCAGCGCAUCUAUGUGACGGCUAUGGAGCACGCGCGGCAGAUCCGGAUGCUGCGGCGCGCCGGAUCCACUCCCAUAUCCUCUUACUACAGUCAAGAACACCCCGGCUCCAGCCGCAUGAAGAUCGAGACCAAGGCGGCCAAGACGCUGGCAGUCAUCAUGGGCUGCUUCUGCCUGUGCUGGGCACCGUUCUUCAUCACUAACGUGCUGGACCCCUUCAUCCAGUACAGCGUACCGUGGCAGAUGUGGACCACAUGGCUGUGGCUGGGAUACAUUAACUCGGGCUUAAACCCAUUCCUCUAUGCCUUUCUGAACCGGGCUUUUCGCAGAGCCUUUCUCUUGAUCCUGUGCUGUGGGGACAUGCGCUAUGCCCGCCAGGGGAGCUUUAGCCCGAGCAGACCUUGCUCAGCAUCUGUGAACGGAACAUCCAUUGCGCUCAGGUUGUCAUUUCUUCCAAACCGAAGCUACAGUGACAACGGCAAACGAAUCCUUUCUAGUGAACAGGAAUCUCUGGAUUCUGCUGGCGUUUUCUAACAGAGACAAUACAAACCUACAGAUGGCAGCAAGCUGUUACUACAAACCAGCAUCAGCACACAGAUGGAAGACAUGGCUUCUUCAAAUAAGCCAGAGAUGCUCCAGUGCUCCAAUACUCAUGGAUUUUUACCUUUUGUGACAAACCUGGAGUUGAAUCACUACAAUGAACCUUGUGAAAGAGCAUCUCACAGACUUUGCUCAGGUCAUGGUAAAGGGUAAGCCAAGCACAACAGCACAUGAGAGAUGAUUAGCUGUGAAUGUGAGUGAACCUAAUUACACGAAGGAAAAAAUUACAGUAGUGGAUGCUACAAAGAAAAAUCCCUAGCUGACCUCCAACUUGACCAAAUGUCAUUUCAAAGAGGCCACGAGGAGCACUGACCUCUCCGUUUCUCUUUUAUGGAACUGACACUGCCAGGCUGUAACUGUUGGGAAAUGAUUACAAGUGAAUUUAUCAUGGUCUAGUAUCAGGGUGAGCCAUGUGGCUUGCUCAGAGAUUACUUAAAGAAAAAUGUACACAAUUUUCCUCAUACCCCAAACACAGACCUUUUAGUGUCUGACAUUUGCUUUAUUAGUUUUGUGCCGGAUCUACAAGGAUGACGCAGUUAUGAGCAUCUUGCAAACUUCACAUCUUAGUCAGUGUCUCAAACAGACUUUAUGUGGUUUUUGACAGUAAUAUAUUUUGUAUGAAUGCGGAAAACAUUCUUAGCUCCAUCUUGAAGCCGAAUCACUAUACAGUCUAGUACUAUUAAUGUUUUUUUUGUUUUUGUUUUUUUUUUAACAAUGCUAAACUCACAUCAGUGAGCUUCCUUCAGCUACAUCAGGCAGAAAAAGUGCUGGGAAAAAAAAAUUGCUGCUCACGUUAUGUGCACACUGUAACCAUAACAACACUCGUCCAUACAUUCUAGUAUCAGCGGUUGAGAAAACACACCUAGUGUGAAAACAGCUUUCAUCUACUAGCUCCAGUGCAAAAUUAAAUCGUGGACACCAAACAUGUCUUAACCCCACUUUGGGUAAGAGGAACAGUGUGUACAUUUGAAUUGUGGCUGAACUGUUCUUUUAAAGCUAAUAUUUCCAUCAACACACGGAAGAUCAGCCUGUGGUAGAUCUACUUCUCUCCUUAGAUGGAUUGCUCUAUUUAUUUUUGUGUACAAUUUGGCUUCAGAAGUAAGGAGCAACAACAUUUGUCACUGUGUGACAUUUCUUAUUGUACCUUCUUGUAUUCUCUGAUAUGAUUUUGUGUGUUGAAAUAUGGUUUAAAAUAUACCUGUGGGACAGAAGUGUUGAAGUUUUACUGUUAAAAAAAAAAGAAAAGAAAAAAAAAAAGAAAAAGGGGCAAAAAAAAGAAAAUACUUGUGCUCAGUAUUCUAUCUAUUCAAAAAAUUUUCAAUUACAGCACACAUUCUUUACAUGAAACAAAACUUGAUAAAUGACAUAUUAAUAUUAAAGUAUCUUCCUAUUAUGUAAUCUGGACAGCUAGAAGAAAGUUCUGAGAUGGCGGCUUAAUGACAAAUGGUUAAUUACUUAAAACGCUUCAUGAUGCCCUGAAAGCACAAAAUCAUUAUACCAUUGUGUUUAAGUGAGUCAAUUACACAUUAAGAAAAAGCGUGACUAAGAAAAAUGCAAACUAUGUUACAAUGAGAUGAGCCAACUGCACCCACUCUCGCACCCACUCUCGCACCC